AUGGCCAUCGAUUACUUUACCAAAUGGAUAGAGGCUAAGCCUUUGGUCAAUAUAACAGAAACUACCAUUGAAAACUUCUUCAGAGAUGACAUCAUAUACUGGUUUGGGAUCCCAAAAGUGGUCAUCACUGAUAACGGGAAGCAGUUUGACAAUUCGGCCUUCAAAAGAUUUUAUGCUCGGUACCACAUCAAUGUCAGAAAGACGUCCAUAGCACAUCCCCAAUCCAACAGCCAGGUAGAAAAAGCAAAUCAGACACUACUAGAUGGCAUAAAGAGAAGGCUUGAUGAAGCAAAAGGAGCAUGGGCUGAUGAAUUAUUGAGUGUUCUAUGGUCCUACAAAACCACGGCUAGAACCCCAAUGGGUGAAACCCCAUUCUGCCUCACUUAUGACACUGAAGCUCUAAUACCUGUGGACAUGGUGCAUCCAUCAUUCAGGGCAACAAUAUUCGAUGAGAUUUCCAAUGAGGAAGGCCUAUGGGAAAACUUAGAAUUCAUCGACGAAAUAAGAGAAAACGCUUUAGUCCUCAGCGUAGCGUACAAGCAGCGAGUGGCCCAGUUCUUCAACAGAAAAGUCCACCGCAAGAACUUCCAGGUGGGAGGCUUAGUGCUCAGGAAAGCCAAUAUAUCUGAGCCCAAAAAUGUGGGCAAACUUAACCAAAAUUUGGAAGGACCAUAUAUAGUCUCCAGAGUGGUAUGCCCUGGAACAUACCACCUGCAGACUCAGGGGGUAGGAUUAUAUUUAGGGUAUGGAAUGUAG